AUGCCGUUCCUCAAACCGGAGCCUGUCGAGGUGACUCUUCUUCCACCUCGACUCAAUAAUAAUCCUCAACAACAUACAUCACGGUCCUAUACAACCUCCAAGCAUUCUGCCGUUGCCAAAUCGGUCUUAAUGAGCAAGCUUCUUACGCCUACCUCUGCGCCUUUCAUUACGGAAUCCGAAGUACCCGCCCAGCCUCACGCUUCCUAUGACUCCACUGUAGCACAACCUGUUCGACCUGUGUCGCAUUCCUCACCGGCGCUUCUUCCAGACUCAAAGCCCUCGCGACCUCUUCCCUACAAGCCUGUACGACAACAGAGCUACAACAUAGCUCCACUCGGGAUCAAAGAUGGCGUUGGUGCUGCGCUCACGGAUACGCCUAUGAUAUCGAUUCCCCCAAGCCCCAAACUGUCUGCGCUGAAGACUGGCUCUGGCGCGUCGACUCCGCGCAUUCGACCUACGACUCUCGACAUCCCUGGCUUGACUAAAUCUAAAGUCUCACCAGAUGGGAAGAUAUCGCAACGAGACAUUGGAUCCAAGCUUGUCAUUGUUAUGGUCGGACUGCCUGCUAGAGGAAAGAGCUAUAUCACGAAGAAGAUCACCAGAUAUUUGAAUUGGCAACAGCACAACACACGCAUCUUUAAUGUGGGAGAGCGUCGACGCAUCGCCGCCAGUGGUGGUUCUUUCAGUCGAUCAGCCUCGUCAGUCCCCAUGUCAAUACCUAAUGUCAAUGUUCCUAUGGAUGAUGUCCAUCGCGCUGCCACAAUCCUGGUAAAUGGUGUGGCUAUGGCUGAACAAAUGGAAACACUGUCACUUCCAAGUCCAGCACAUGAUCCAGACAAUCCAUUGGCUUACGUCACCUCUCAAGUCAUUGCUGAUGACUCUCAAAAUGAUUCUAUGGAUCAGUCCGCGAACUUCUUCGACCCUGGGAACAGCAAGGCCGCAGCUAUUCGUGAGCAAGCCGCCAAAGAUACUUUAGAUGAACUACUAGAGUACAUCUUCAACGAAGGGUCCGUUGGUAUCUUUGAUGCCACAAAUAGUACUCUAGCCCGUAGGAAAUGGGUUAUGCAGUAUAUUCGUGAUCGCGCUGGACCAGAACUAAAUGUUCUGUUCCUUGAAAGUCUGUGCCUGGACGAAAAUUUACUAGAAUCGAACAUGCGCUUGAAGCUUUCAGGGCCUGAUUACCAAGGCAAAGAUCCUGUUGCAGCGCUGGCAGAUUUCAAACAGAGAGUCGCGAUGUACGAGAAGACUUACGUGCCACUCGGCGAGUACGAGGAAAAGAACAAUAUGCCCUAUGUUCAAAUGAUAGAUGUUGGUCGCAAAGUCAUCUCGCAUCAGAUCAAUGGGUUCUUGUCUUCUCAGACUGUCUACUACCUACUUAACUUCAAUCUCGCUCCCCGGAUGAUCUGGAUCACUCGACAUGGGCAGUCUAUGGACAAUGUCCGUGGUAAAAUUGGAGGUGAUGCGGAACUAAGCAAGAAUGGUCAUCGCUACUCUAAAGCCAUGGCCAGAUUUAUCGAAGCCAAGCGAGCGGAAUGGGAGAUUCGACAAGAGGAUAAGAUUGCUCAUACACAUUUUCCGCCGCAUCCAGGUGACCAUACGCCGCCAAAUCCUCAUUAUUGUCCUACCGAGCAUCGUGAUCAGCCCAAAAACUUUUGUGUCUGGACAUCCAUGCUCAAGCGCAGCAUUGAAUCAGGCCAAUACUUCGAAGAGAACGACUUCUAUGAAGUCAAGCAAAUGCGCAUGCUGAACGAACUAUAUGCUGGGGAGAUGGAGGGCAUGACUUAUGAGCAGAUCCGCGAGGACCAUAAGGCAGAGUUUGAGCUUCGAGUUCAGGACAAGAUGGCGUAUCGAUAUCCAGGCCCAGGAGGUGAAGGAUACCUAGAUGUCAUCAAUCGCCUCCGACCCGUCAUUGUCGAACUUGAACGCAUGACUGACCAUGCUCUUCUCAUCACGCAUCGAUCGGUCGCGCGAGUUCUCCUCGCAUACUUUAAGAAUCUCCCACGAGACAAUGUGGCAGAUUUAGAUUGCCCUCUUGGCAUGUUGUACAUGCUCGAACCUAAACCGUACGGUGUCGAGUUCCAUGCUUUCCGCUACAAUUCGGAGACAGACUGGUUCGACGACCUCCCGGAGUACGAAUUGCAUCGCACUACGACUAUGCAACAAUUCGCUCAGUAG